AAAUCGCCAGAAAUGGCUGCCGCCACCGCAACUGCUGCUGCCACGUCGAAAAAAAUGACGUACGAAUUUACGAUUGACGAUGAUGAGCUUAGUGAAGAUGGAAAACCAUCGACAGAUCAAGCCACAAUGUGUAAUAUUUACAAGUUGAAUUUGCCUGCAAGUGCCUCCAUAUUGAGCAAACAAAUCGCGAAAUCACAGGCAAAACGAGCCAAAAAAGAAGAGCGUCACCGCCGACGAGUUGAUCUCUCGACAGUCCGCGAACAGGACGAAACACGUGUCUCAAACUCUGAAGAAAACUCGCAAAACGCGUCACCAAGACCAAUGACCGCUUCGGCGCUAGUACCACCCGACGAGAUUCCAGACUCUGCUCCAGCUUCACACUGCGGCGGCGGCGGGGGACGUUCCCGAAUCGAUUCGGCUCCACUGGGAGUGAAGUUACAGCGUCAGGCAUCGUUGCCAGAGGAUCAACGGAAAGCGGAGCCUAUGGACGAGGAAGAAGCCGAGCUUUUGGCGAUGUUGCUCGGUGGGAUUGAGAGAAAUGAGCGGAAACAGAUGACGUUGAAUGGAGCAGGAAAUCAGAAAAUCCAGGAAGCACCCAUUGUUCAAGCCCCGCAAAUUCCACCAUCCCCGGGCCUCCCGCGCCUUCCACCAGGUGCAAAAGUGUCCGAAUGGCUUUUGGAAAGAUCCUCGUCGCCUGACAAUGUUUCUGUGAUCUCUUCAGUACUUUUGGAGGAUUCUGGACUACUUCUGAACUAUCAAAAUAGUGUUGGAGACGAGGAAGAGGACGUGUUCUUUGACGCAGAAGAGGAAAAGCCUGAUGAUGUUGUGAAUUGUGUUGAGCAUGAGCUGCAAGGACUCUCCCUGAAUCGAAAUAUGGCCGCAAUGACCCAAUCCCUUGUACGAGUCGAAGAAGAGACAACAACGACAGACGGACCAGCAGCAAAUGACUCAUUUAGAACGGGAAGGAGCACUUCUGUGAGCCCCCGGCCGACCAAUGAGCAAUUUUUGAGGAAUACGAAUGGAAGUGCGACGUUUAAUGUGAAACAUUCGAGUACGCUGGCGCGUCUUCAAAAGCUAACACCACCUAACAAUGGGAAUACGAAUCCGAUAUUGUCCACGACUACUACCCCAUUGUCCUCUCGAACUACACGAAGUGUCCUUCGUGUUCAUAAUGUCAACUCGGUGCCACGUCCGUCUGUGCAGAACUCCACAAUGUCCAAAUCGAGUGUUACAGCUAAUCAGACUAACCGACGCGCGUUUUCCGGCGUUAGAAUGCCAGACAUGAACCCAACCCUCCAAAAGUCAUCUCCUCCAGUCGUCACCAUCAAUCCAUUAACCCCGUCUCGACCGGCUUCAGUCGCAUCGUCAAUUGGCGCUCGUUCGGGUGUCAAUGGGACAAUGACGGCAUCGAAUCUCGAGGGACUACAGGAUCUGAUUCAACAACAAGAAGAUGCUCUCCGCCGAGCCGCCCUCAACGAUCAAUCUACGGAACGAAAAAUGUCGUGGCAAAGUGAUCAAGACGCGAAUAAUCGACAAUCCACAUCGGUACACUCAUCGCUCGGAUCGAUUUGUUCCAGUAAAUCGAUUGACGGAGCUCAUGCGUUGAGCAAAAUGGGAACUCCGACAGCUUCUAGAAUUCCGACUCCCCGAUCGCGUCUCCCAACACCACGUGGAUCGAAUCUACCGAAAAGAGUACAUUCCGUGGCCGCCGCCGUGCGUCUUGCGACAUCGAAGCCAGAGUCUUCCACAUCUACAAAUGGAACCGCCCGGCAUUUUGACAACGCCGACGAGUGCUUCUGAAACGUCUGAGGAUGGUGAAAAAGCAAUUUUCCGCCCAAAUUCAACUCGUCGAAUGGCUCGAAGUCUGUUAAUAACUCCAUCGAUUUCACACGAUUCUCCGACUUCACUUGCUUCAUUUCUAUUAAAUCCCCCCAAAAAAUAGUCAUUUUUGUUCUUUACCUGAAAAUAUUUUCCCGUCCCCUCUGCCUUUCUCCCACAAAUUUUCUCAGCAAAAUUUCGCUUGAAACUUCAAAAAUGCAUUUUCCAUCCUAUUAUUUCUGACGAAUUAUACCCUAAAUGUCAAUUAAAAACCGGUUCCAACAUGACUUUUCGUGCAAUUUUAUCUCUAAAAAUGCACAAUUUUAUCCCAACUUUCUACUUAGCCGGUUACGAGUUUUUUAUCCAAAAAGCCAAGUUUAUUCUCCCAUAAUUCGCAUAUUUUUGUGUUUUUCAAAAAAUUUCGAAUUUUUUUUUGAAUUUUUUUUCGAAUUGUCUUGUAUAUAUAUAUAUUCUAUGAGUUUCUUUGUGCCCCCAGCCCAAUUAUGAUUCCGAUAAAUCCACCAUGAGCUUUU